AUGGCACUGGUUUAAACCCAAUCUCGUGUAUAAUUUCAGUCAGCGUGCUAGCACUUAAAUGUCAUGAUUAUAUUCCCUUUUAGUCCGUUCAUAUGCAACAUUUUAUCAAUGUAUUUUACAAGUGAACCACAGCUAAGAGAGCAAACCUCACAAAAUGUUUCUUUAAUUCAGAAUGUCUUCGCUGGCUUCGACCUCCUGCUGAUGUGUUGUUCAUGUGUUACAGGGGCUGAGUCCACCAUACAGGAGGCGGACGGUGGAGGACUUCAAUAAGUUCUGCACCUUUGUGUUGGCAUAUGCAGGCUAUAUCCCAUAUCCCCAGGAGGUGAGUAAAGGAAACCCAGUCAUAGUUGGUGUUUGUGCGUACAUGCGUGUAUGCCUUUUAUCAACAGCCCCUUGUAGUUGACAGUCUGGGUUCUUUGCUCUGAAUAGUUAGGCAGAACUGGGACUUACUAUACAACACUGACUGGUUAUAUUUUGAGGUGUGUGUAACGCAUUGUUUUGAGGUUAGUGGCCAGACACCAGGGGUAGGACUCAGAUGUGUGUGUAGUUUGUGGAUCAUGGAGCGGCCGCUCCGAGCUUUUGCUAUUUUCUACACAACUGUUGUGUGUGUUGGAGUCCCACUGCCCUCCUUUCCCUGUGUGUAUUAACCCGCCGCCCCUAACUAGUGUUGUGAAUAUACAGUUGAAGUCGGAAGUUUACAUACACUUAGGUUGGAGUCAUUAAAACUCGUUUUUCAACCACUCCACACAUUUCUUGUUAACAAACUAUAGUUUUGGCAAGUCGGUUAGGACAUCUACUUUGUGCAUGACACAAUAAUUUUUCAACAAUUGUUUACAGACAGAUUAUUUCACUUAGAAUUUACUGUAUCACAAUUCCAGUGGGUCAGAAGUUUACAUACACUAAGUUGACUGUGCCUUUAAACAGCUUGGAAAAUUCCAGAAAAUGAUGUCAUGGCUUUAGAAGCUUCUGAUAGGCUAACUGACAUCAUUUGAGUCAAUUGGAGGUGUACCUGUGGAUGUAUUUCAAGGCCUACCUUCAAACUCGGUGCCUCUUUGCUUGACAUCAUGGGAAAAUCAAAAGAAAUCAGCCAAGAUCUCAGAAAAAAAUGUGUAGACCUCCACAAGUCUGGUUCAUCCUUGAGAGCAAUUUCCAAACACCUGAAGGUACCACGUUCAUCUGUACAAACAAUAGUACACAAGUAUAAACACCAUGGGACCACGCAGCCGUCAUACUGCUCAGGAAGGAGACGCGUUCUGUCUCCUAGAGAUGAAUGUACUUUGGUGCGAAAAGUGCAAAUCAAUCCCAGAACAACAGCAAAGGACCUUGUGAAGAUGCUGGAGGAAACGGGUACAAAAGUAUCUAUAUCCACAGUAAAACGAGUCCUAUAUCGACAUAACCUGAAAGGCCGCUCAGCAAGGAAGAAGCCACUGCUCCAAAACCGCCAUUAAAAAAUCCAGACUACGGUUUGCAACUGUACAUGGGGACAAAGAUCGUACUUUUUGGAGAAAUGUCCUCUGGUCUGAUGAAACAAAAAUAGAACUGUUUGGCCAUAAUGACCAUCAUUAUGUUUGGAGGAAAAAGGGGGUACUUGCAAGACGAAGAACACCAUCCCAACCGUGAAGCACGGGGGUGGUAGCAUCAUGCUGUGCGGGUGCUUUGCUGCAGGAGGGACUGGUGCACUUCACAAAAUAGAUGGCAUCAUGAGGAAGGAAAAUUAUGUGCAUAUAUUGAAGCAACAUCUCAAGACAUCAGUCAGGAAGUUAAAGCUUGAUCGCAAAUGGGUCUUCCAAAUGGAAAAUGACCCCUAGCAUACUUCCAAAGUUGUGGCAAAAUGGCUUAAGGACAACAAAGUCAAGGUAUUGGAGUGGCCAUCACAAAGCCCUGACCACAAUCCUAUAGAACAUUUGUGGGCAGAACUGAAAAAGUGUGUGCGAGCAAGGUUGCCUACAAACCUGACUCAGUUACACCAGCUCUUUUCAGGAGGAAUUGGCCAAAAUUCACUCAACUUAUUAUGGGAAGCUUGUGGAAGGCUACCCGAAACGUUUGACCCAAGUUAAACAAUUUAAAGGCAAUGCUACCAAAUACUAAUUGAGUGUAUGUAAACUUCUGACCCACUGGGAAUGUGAUGAAAUAAAUAAAAGCUGAAAUAAAUAAUUAUCUCUACUAUUAUUCUGACAUUUCACAUUCUUAAAAUAAAGUGGUGAUCCUAACUGACCUAAAACAGGGAAUUUUUACUAGGAUUAAAUGUCAGGAAUUGUGAAAAACUGAAUUUAAAUGUAUUUGGCUAAGGUGUAUGGAAACGUCUGACUUCAACUGUAGAUACAGUCAACAUCACAUUCACUUAGUCACAGUGAAAGUGGCAUUUUGUUUUCCUGCUGGGUGGUCGUGGUUCUGUUACACCAUAGUACCUGGGUUUUGUUCAGUAAGCUACAACGUUGUGGAACGCUCAGAUAGAAAUAGGUUAUGCAGUGUCUGGCAUGUAGCCGUGGGAGUCAUGGCAGCUCUAUAAAGCAUUACAUUUCUAUCUGAAACGUUCAUAGUGUUGCACCCUCCUGAAUGCGACCCUAGACAUGCUGACUGUAUCGAUGUUAUCCCCUCCCUCCCCAGUGUGGUGUGUUGUGUUGACGCUCUAUUUGAUCCACAGAACUGGAGGAGGCGUGGCUUCUGGCAGCUUCCUUGCUGGGCCCCGCCCCUUGUCCCUCGCUAGCCAAUCUGCUGCUGUCUCUCCUGAAGGGACACGCACCUAACACAGCCCUGCCCCCUCUCCCAGGGUAAGAGGGCCAACAAGUCUCUCCAUACUCAUCCCUGGCCCUGUGCUUCUUUGGCCCCUAGACCCUUUCCCCUAGCCUCUCUGUAGUGUUCACAGUUUUUUAAGGAUGGGAUAGAAUUAACCAAUCUGGUGAUGGCACCACCUAGUCCUCCAACAGGCUGAAUGGAGCUUCUGUUGCUGUCACCUGCCAGCUAGACCUGUCAGAUUAGGGUCCCUGAUGGGGCAGAGACAACCAGGGGAAGGGGGUGGAAUGGAACCAGGGUCCCCUGACCCCCUCAGCUCAGGCAAGAGGAGCAGCUCGACCCAACACCAGCACCUUCGACAUGAUCAACCAGGGCCGUACUGUACCUCAUCCAUAGACCUGUGCUAAUUCUCUGUGCUGUGUCUGUCUAUCUGACCGAGAACCUCAGAGUAAGACAGGGUGAUUUUUUUAUCCUUAUGACCAUAUGUAGUGGUGUCACUGAGGCCAUGUAUAACAUAUGCAGUUCCAUAUUAUUGUGGAAGUGUUGUGAAGUUACUGUUGAUGCCUGUUUUGGUUCAAAAUGGUCUCAGAUUUGUAUUGGAUCAGUGUGUGAGUGUGGUGUUUGUGGCCAAUGGAUUGUAUCAACAGCUUCACGCCCACCUCCAUUCUCCUCUGUAAGAGAUGCCUUUUGUGUAAACACAUACAGGCUUUUAUCACCAUUUAUUUUUUUCCCUCUCCAGGACUCUCCUCUGCGUAGUAACUCCAGCCCCCCCAACAGUACAGGCAGUACAGCAGACAGUGAUGGCUGGACCCCCGGUCCUGAACCCCCCUCCUCUUGCCCCCCGCGGCUCCCCAUACCCUCGCAGGACAAGAACAGGAAACGACCCCGUCCCACGGGAAUCCACCCUGGGGCCUCACUAUCCAGCCAUGUUAGGAAAGAUGUAAAUGGAGUGCUUUUGAUCUACUAGCACAAUUUCAACCUCUAAUUCUAACCUUAACCCUUUCUCAUACUCCCUAACCCUAAAUUCAUUCCUCUUUCUCAGCAUGGCCAUCUAGCGUCCUCCCUGCACCCAGAUGACCGGAGGAAAGCCGACAAACUGAAGAAGAGGAGGAAGAACCGGGAGAGCCAGGCCGGCGAGCCGAGCUCUGCACAACAGGCCUACGCAACGAGCCCAGAGCCACAGUUCUCCCUGCCCCUGGGAGGACGACCAAUCAAAGACGAGCCUGAGGAUGACUUCAUCAUCCCCCUCCACCCUUCGUCCCCUCACCGCCUGCCCAGCCCCUCCCACAUGAAUAACUCCUCCCCCUGUAAGCAGGAGCCCAAUGAGAAGUGGGAGUGCUGGGAGGGACGGGGGCUGGUGGAGGGCGUGGUGAAGGUGGAGAGGGUGGAGGGUUUUACUGGGAACAGGACGGUGAUCCGACAGGGGAAACAGGUGGUGUUCCGAGACGAGGAUGGCUCCCGAGAGGACGAGGACAUCAUGGUGGACUCCGGUAAGAAAUUAUGUUAAUGUUAUGUAAAUGCUGCAAAAAAGUUACAGAACUCAUUGUUGUGAUGACAUUGCCUGUUUUAAAGUAGCAGUCUGACAGUUAAUCCCAUGUAAAUGUUUUAUUGCAUGUUGUAGUGAUGGACCUCUGUUUCUUCCCCACUCUCUUUCGCUCAGAUGAUGACUCGUGGGACCUGGUGACGUGUUUCUGUAUGAAGCCGUUUGCGGGCCGGGCCAUGAUUGAGUGUAACCAGUGUAACACGUGGAUCCACCUGUCCUGUGCUAAGAUCAGGAAGUCCCACGUCCCCGAGACGUAUACGUGUCAGAGCUGCAGAGACACACUGGGCCUGGCAGACACCCGCCGCUCAUACCGCUCACGCAUUGGCCCCCGCAAACACCUUCAUGACUGA